UUCAUGUUAUUGAUUUUCGACUUUUUCAAUCUUCGAUUUUCAUACAUCAUUUUCAAAAACAUUAAUACAUAGUACAUACAUAUAUCGUCAUUUAUAAGUUAGUCAUAAUUACUCAAGCUACAUACUGCAUCUUGUUUUCCGUUGUAUGAAAAAAAUAUACGUAGUCUUCGGACAUAAACGGGGUUUAUCAUGAGUCCUGUGGAAAGUGUACCAGUAGCAGUACUGAACUGCAUUGAUGAUUAUGUGGAGUUGCUCUAUGAUGAUAUUCCAGAAAAAAUUAAGGGAUCAGCUCUGAUUCUUCAGUUGGCACGAAAUCCAGAUAAUUUAAUUGAAUUGUCAAGAAACGAAGCUUUGCUGAGUGCUCUAUCAAGAGUUUUAAGAGAGGAAUGGAAAAGAAGUAUUGAACUAAGUACCAACAUAGUGUACACUUUUUUCUGUUUUUCAACUUAUAAUGAAUUUCAUCCUGUAAUUAUACAGUAUAAAAUUGGAUCACUUUGUAUGGAUGUUAUAGAUUAUGAACUGAAAAGGUAUGACCAGUGGAAAGAAAAGGUAGAAGGGAAAAAGCCAUUGUUAACUCCUGAUAAAAGUGAAUUACCCAAGAGUAGAAUUCCUGAACCAAAAAGAAGGCCUAAGUCAGGCACAUGGGCUGUGGCUGAUGUUAAUAUGCAGAAAUCUAGAGCUCUUGUUUCUAGUUACCAUGAAGACCUAUGCAAUGCUUCAGAUGAAUGUCUUUCUAAAAAUGAUGAAGAACAAAUGAAACGAAAACUAAAGACCCUAUCUAAGAGACAAGAACAAUUGCUAAGAGUAGCCUUUUAUAUGCUGCUCAAUAUUGCAGAUAAUGUAAAAGUGGAAGAAAAAAUGCACAAGAAAGAUAUAGUUGGUCUAUUGAUUGGAGCAAUGGAGAGACAUUCAAAUAUUGAUUUACUUAUUUUAAUUGUGUCAUUCCUACAGAAAUUGUCUAUUUUUGUGGAAAACAAAAAUAGUAUGGCUUCAAGAGGAAUAAUAGAAAAACUGGCACCUUUGUUAGAUUCUCCCAAUGCAGACUUAGUCAAUGUUUCUUUAAAACUGUUGUUUAAUCUAACAUUUGACACGAAAUUGCGCAAUAAAAUGAUUAAGAUAGGUUUGCUGCCGAAAUUCAUUCAGUUCACAAGUGACGACAAGCACAUCAAUUUAGCAAUGAAAAUUUUGUAUCAUCUGAGCAUGGAUGACAGAGUGAAGCUUAUGUUCACCCAGUCAGAUUGUGUAAAACUUCUCACCGACAUGCUGCUGCUAAACGUGAACAGCGAGAGCAGCCCGGGCUCGGGGCCGGGCGUGACGGACGUUCUACUCGCUUUGUGCGUGAACCUGGCGUGGUGCGAGCGCGCCGCGCAGCAGAUGGCCGCCGAGGGUCGCCUGCGCGAGUUGCUCGCACGCGCCUUCCGCCACCGCAACACCAUGCUCAUGAAGCUCGUGCGCAACUUGUCGCACCAUGCCCAGAACAAACUCCUCUUUGUGGAAUUUGUUGGUGACAUAGCCGGGGCCGUCACUAGCGGUGACGCUGCCGAGGAGUUUAUAAUUGAAUGUAUUGGGACUUUGAGCAAUAUUCUGAAUUCGAACAAUAACAUCGACGUUUAUGCCGUUGUGGAGAGAUACAACUUGAUUCCUUGCAUUAUGAAAAUUUUAGAUCCAGAGAGCACGUGCGACCCGGAGCUGGUGCUGGAGGGCGUGGUGUGCGCGGGCGCGCUGGGCGCGGAGGAGCGCGCGGCGGCGGCGCUGGUGCGCGCGGGCGGCGGCGAGGCGCUGGUGGCGCUGCUGCGCCUGCGCCAGGCCGACGACGAGCACGUGCUGCAGACCGUCUACGCCUUCCGCCAGAUGCUGGCGCACCCGCGCACCGCGGAAUACCUCGUUACGCGCACCGAAGCUCCAGCUUACCUCAUCGAUCUCAUGCAAGAUAAAAAUGUUGAAAUUAGGAAAAUGUGCGACUCUUGCUUGGAUAUCAUAUCUCAGAUGCAAAAUGACUGGGCAGCUAGAAUUAAGGUUGAACGGUUUCGGUGCCACAACGGGCAGUGGUUGUCAGUGGUGGAGACCCUGGGCGCCGAGGGCGGCGCGGGGGACGCCGCGGACGACCUGCCUCCCUACCUCUCCGCAGAAUACCUCACUACGCAUCGACUUACUACCUCAGAUUCCCAAACUUCGCUCAACGAAGAUUCGGACAGUUUCUCAGGAGAAGUUGACAUGGAUCGUAUGAAUAACAGUAACCUGGGAAGCAGUCAACACAGUGACUUGUAUGGAGUAUCAGAAAAAACAAUGGAAAGCGAUGUCUUAUACAAUAAUGAUUUGAAAUUAUUUGCCUAAAUAUUUUUUUAACAUAGAAUGCGAUAUUCUUAAAAUUUUAAUAUUCUGAAAACUAGUUACCAAUAUACAUUAAACUAUAGAGAUAGAUUGAAACAUAAUUAAUGUAUUUUUUUUAUGCUGCUAGGUGAUCCGUGUCAUGAAUAACUAAGCUUUUACGACGAAACCGCGACGUCGUGAUUUAACAAGUAAAUUGUUCAUUUUCUGUUCCUCGUUUCUUCCAACGGCAACUUUCCAGAUUUUUUUUUAGUUUUAACUAAGUAAACAAUAACACAGCGCGCUAUUAUGAAAGCACAAUCUCACCUAAGUUUCAUUGUCACAAAAUAAAUACAUAAAGAAAUUACUAUAA